AUGGCCAUUCCAGUCUCCCUUGUCUUUGUCGGUAAUGCCAUUCUGCCUAUACCAUGCACCGCUGUGCGGCUGCUGGUUAGGCUCGAGAGAGAGUCCGUAAGGCACAACGGAACGAGUGAGUUCCGUACGAACGAUUGGUGAGCGCCCCCUACCAUUAUAUAUAUAUGGAUAAAGGCGAAAAUGCCGACCCCAGGUAUUGAGAUGGAAGAAGGUAAAGAGAUCUCUGGGGAGGAUGAUUUAUUCAUCUGACGUUUCACACUCAUACUUGAGCGCAUCAUCGGAGAUAGAUUAAAAGUGGGAAUACAAGGUUUAAAUAGGUCUUUUUUACUCACUACUGAUAGGUCCAUCUCCUCAGCCGAGGUAAAUGCCACUAAAGAAUUAAAGAGGGACGAAGACAUUGUGAUUGUCCCAGCAGACAAAGGACGGGCAACCGUGAUCCUAGACAAGUCAGAGUACGUAGCGAAAGCUCAGGAGCUACUCAACGAUAACCAGUCAUACAAGGUCAUUGACUCCGAUCCCAUGAAAACACUGGUGACAAAAAUCAACAAGAGUCUGAGUCUAAUGAGGAACCAACAGGCAAUAUCUGAGACCGAUUGGCGACAGAUGAAACCACAAGAUGCUGCCAUAGCACGCUUCUAUGGUCUGCCAAAGAUCCACAGCCCAAACGUCCCCUUACGGCCAAUUGUGGCGCUGAAGGGCACACCUACCUACGGUCUGGCUAAAUGGCUUACCAACCAUCCGAAGAAGCUGACGGAGGGCUCAGAACACACAGCUGUAUCCCCAACACACUUCCUGGAAAGACUCCGAGGCGUCAAAAUAACCCCCGACGAAAUAAUGGUGUCCUUCGACGUCGUCUCUCUUUUCACCUCCAUCCCUAAAGAAUUAGCCACGGGGGUCAUAAGUGACCUACUGGAGAGGAGGUACGAUGAAGAGGAAAGACGUCUGAAAAGGAAGCACAUAAUGGAGCUACUGGACUACUGUUUGAGCACGUACUUUACGUUUAAUGGCCAGGUGUACGAGCAAAUCCAGGGAACUCCGAUGGGAUCACUAAUCUCCGGCUACCUAGCUGAGGCGGUUCUACAAGAACUGGAAACACGGGUCUUUCAGUCCUACAUGCCAAAAUUCUGGAUGCGCUAUGUGGAUGACACCUUUGUCAUCCUACCUCGAGACAUGAAAGAGACGUUCAGAAGCAAAUUGAACUCAAUUUUCCCCCAAAUUCAAUUCACAAUGGAGGAAGAAAAAGACGGAGAAAUCCCCUUCCUUGAUGCCCAGGUGUCGAGACAGGAAGACGGAGCCCUCCAAACUGGUGUCUUUCGAAAGGCGACCGAUACGGCGAAAAUCCUCCAUUACAGCAGUAACCACCCCUUGUCACAUAAGCGCAGUUGCGUGCGGACACUCUUCCUACGCAUCAACACACACUGCAGCACAGAGGCUGAAAAGCGGCGAGAGCGUAAAUCCCUAUGGCGUCUCUUUCUCUCCAAUGGGUACCCACGUAGCCUCAUAAACAAAUGCCUGUAUCAAAGGCACACGAAGACCGACGGUGAACAAAAACAAAAACCUGAAUUCUUUCGUGCUUUGCCCUACGUGAGUGACGUUUCCGAAACCACUGAACGCAUGCUCAGACCACUCAACGUGGGCCUUGGACACCGGCCGGAGGUCACUAUCCACCGCUUGCUCAUGCAGCCCAAGGGGCGGCUGCCACCUGAGGACACGUCAGGAAUUGUUUACCGCGUCAACUGUCUAGACUGUCCGGCCAAUUAUUGUGGCAUGACCGACAAACGAUUAAGGUCGCGCAUGCAUGAGCAUUCUCUAGCUGUAAAGCGAAAAGAUGUACGAUCACAUGUUGCUAUGCAUAGCCUCGAAAAUGCCCAUCAAUUCGGCUUCGACACGGCAGAAGUAAUCGGCCGAGCCGAAAGCAAAAUGGCGAGAGAGAUAAUCGAAGCCUGGCAAUCCAACGCCAACUCGAUCAACCGUAGAAUCGACCUACCGGCGCCAUAUGAGGCCGUCAGACACCACUUGAGCAGGAAGGGAGGACCAAUGGGAAGAGAGAACAAUGGACCUAUCAGUAGUGAGUAA